AUGAAGACACCGGGACGCCUGGAUCCCUUCCUCGGGCUUUUGAACUGGCUCAUCGCCAAAACACCAGCCGAGGUCAACGCGGCUGGCAGCCCUUCGGUUGACUCUGCUGUUUUCGACCAGCACCUCUUAGAAGACUUGCUAGGGUGCUGGAAGGGACUGUCUCUUUCGAGGCAUGCCUAUAAGGCUCGCGGCCUUGACACACGACGCCCAACACCACGAAACCCACGGAACAUAAGCGACCCGCUCUACAAUUGCCACGUCGAGUUCCCGUUGCUCGUCUCUCUAGAUCCCAAAAAGCUGGUGGUGGUUCUCGCCACCACUUUUGUCCUACUGUCGGACCCCAGGGUGCAAUCCGCCACGUCUACAGAGGCUCUUGAGGCGGUGAAGAAGGAAUUGAAAGUUUUUGUCCAGCCUUUCGACGCGGCCAAGCUCGAGUCGCAUUUCACGGCGGACCCGGCGUUAUGGGACUACGUCGCACCACGCAUUGACUGGGCGCCAUUGCAAGCGCGCAUUCAGAGCAAACCAAAGCAGCCAAUUGAGUUUCACUCGCCGACCAAGACGGCGCAUGCCAACGUCAAGGUUCCAACCAAACGCAUCUCGUAUUCGGCCUGGCACAAGCGCUUAAGUACACUUUUCAAACUCAACGAUGCCAACGGAUUGCGAGAGGCAUGGGAGGAACUAACAAAUCCUGUCAACGAUACUGACAGGGCCGACAAACUGAGGCAGUGCCCCGAGUUAUUCGACUACGUGCUCAACCAGUGCUGCAGCAAACACGGGUCCGGUGGAGACAAGUUUUGGGAGUCAUUUACGAACCAGACAAUGGAGUACAUGAACACCAUUGGUUUAGUGCCGACCAUCAGGACAUAUACCUCUAUGAUGGAAGGUUGGAAGAUUGCCAAGAGGCUUCGAUCAGUCCAACUAUUGUGGAACCAGGUCGUUGAGUCUGGCAUGGAGCUCGAUCACCACAUUUGGUCGAGCAGGAUCUCUGCUAACGGCGCUCUGGGCAAUCCCAACGCUGGCAUGAAGGUGUUGACAGAGAUGCAAGCUAUCUGGGAGGAGGCGGUGGCCAACGGUACUCAACACAAGGCUGUGAAGCCAGACAUUAGCAGCGUCAAUGCUGCCAUCUCAGGUUUCCUUCGAAAUGACCGUAUGAGCUCUGUCCAGGACGUUCUCGCCUGGGCCAAUAGUCAGAGGAUUGAGCCCGACAUAUUCACCUACAACAAGCUUCUCGGCUACAUGCUCAAGAAGGGUCGCAUGGAGGAGGCUGACAACAUUCUCUCGAGCAUGAAGAACUCGGGCAUCAACCCGGACAGCGCUACCUUUACAAUCAUUCUCGAGACCGCGCUCGCAGAGAUGUCUAUGCAGGAUCCUGAUGCCCAGCGCGUCACUGUUCGACGCGUCUUCGCCGAGAUGGCCACUUGCGGUCUCGAACCGAACCAGCAGACGUACGCCAAGAUGCUACACCUUCUUGUCCGUUCUGGCGACGGCGCCAAGGUCCCCAUCGAAGCCGUUUUGUCGCAUCUCCGUGCCUCGGGCCUGCAGCCAUCGCCGCAGAUUUGUACCAUCCUCUUCGAGUACUACUUCUCCCGCCGGCCCCGGCGACUGGGGACGCCCAUCCGCGGCCCUCAUUACAGAACCCCCGUUUGGGCACGCGCGUCCUGA